AAGUUCACAAGUCUAGAUAAGCGCACCAGACGUACAUGUGGCACCCAUGGGCUUUCUCUGGCACCUUUUUAUUUGUCUAGAUCUCCCAUUUUCUCUCCUGGUUUUGCUGUUUCUCUCCUUGUUUAACACUUCACCGAGAUCACAGUGAGCCAUUGAGAGCUUAAUCGAUCAAAAAUGGCGUCGCAUUGUAUGAGGUUCGAUGGCAUCUUCUCUUCAACUUUCAAAAUAAAAUCGCUUUCAAAUUCCACACAUACACUCUCAGCGCCAACGCUAUUAUCAUCUUCCUUCUCCGUUGCCUCAUCGUCUCUUCUCUACACUUCAAAACUUCCACUUAGAACGAAAUCAGUAUCUAAUGCAUUCUCUGUCAGAGCUUCCUCCACUACCGUUGCCGAACCUGAAGGCAUUAAGAUUAAUUCAAUUCCUACAAAGCCGAUCGAGGGGCAAAAGACUGGGACGAGUGGGCUCCGGAAGAAGGUGAAAGUUUUUAUGCAAGAGAAUUACCUUGCAAAUUGGAUCCAGGCAUUAUUUAAUUCGUUGCCAGCAGAGGACUACAAGAGUGGGUUGUUGGUGUUGGGAGGAGAUGGUCGCUACUUUAACAAAGAGGCUACACAGAUCAUCAUCAAAAUUGCUGCUGGCAAUGAUGUGGGCAAGAUAUUAGUUGGCAGGGAUGGUAUUCUAUCGACUCCUGCUGUUUCUGCUGUAAUCAGGAAGAGGAAGGCCAAUGGUGGGUUUAUAAUGAGUGCAAGCCAUAAUCCUGGUGGACCUGAUUAUGACUGGGGGAUCAAGUUUAAUUACAGCAGCGGGCAACCUGCUCCUGAAAGCAUCACAGACAAGAUUUAUGGAAAUACUCUUUCUAUCUCUGAGAUUAAAAUGGCGGAGAUUCCUGACAUCGAUCUUUCACAUCUUGGGGUUACAAAAUAUGGAAACUUCAGUGUUGAAGUGAUAGAUCCGGUUUCUGAUUAUUUGGAGCUAAUGGAGAGUGUAUUUGAUUUUGAGCUCAUCAAAGGUCUUCUUUUAAGAUCAGAUUUCAGGUUCACUUUUGAUGCCAUGCAUGCGGUAACUGGUGCAUAUGCGAAACCCAUCUUUGUGGACAAACUUGGAGGCAAACUGGAUUCAAUUUCAAAUGGAGUUCCCCAGGAGGAUUUUGGGCAUGGUCAUCCUGAUCCUAACCUUACGUAUGCUAAAGAUUUGGUUGACAUCAUGUACAGUGAGAAUGGACCAGAUUUUGGAGCGGCAAGUGAUGGGGAUGGUGAUAGAAACAUGAUUCUUGGUAAGGGUUUUUUUGUCACUCCUUCGGACUCGGUUGCAAUAAUUGCUGCCAAUGCACAAGAAGCCAUUCCAUACUUUAAGAGUGGCCCUAAGGGUUUAGCUCGAUCCAUGCCAACAAGUGGUGCUCUUGAUCGUGUCGCUGAAAAGUUGAAGCUUCCUUUUUUCGAGGUGCCAACUGGUUGGAAAUUUUUCGGCAAUCUUAUGGAUGCUGGGAAGUUAUCAAUUUGUGGGGAGGAAAGUUUUGGUACAGGUUCUGAUCACAUUCGUGAGAAGGAUGGCAUAUGGGCUGUAUUAGCUUGGCUUUCAAUUAUUGCACAACAAAACAGGGAUAAAAAACCAGGGGAGAAGUUGGUAUCUGUUUCUGAUGUUGUGAAGGGGCAUUGGGCAACAUAUGGAAGGAACUUCUUUUCUAGAUAUGAUUAUGAAGAAUGUGAAUCUGAAGGAGCCAAUAAAAUGGUAGAGUAUCUUAGAGAUCUGAUCUCUAAGAGCAAGGCAGGUGAAAGAUAUGGAAAUUACAUUCUGCAAUUUGCAGAUGACUUUUCUUAUACUGAUCCUGUGGAUGGAAGUUUGGCCACAAAGCAAGGUGUUCGUUUCGUUUUUACAGAUGGGUCAAGGAUCAUUUUUCGUUUAUCAGGAACGGGCUCUGCAGGUGCUACUGUUAGAAUGUACAUAGAGCAGUUUGAGCCAGAUGUUUCCAAACAUGACAUGGAUGCUCAGACAGCCCUAAAACCAUUGAUAGACUUGGCACUAUCUGUGUCAAAGCUGAAAGAAUUCACAGGAAGGGAGAAACCUACAGUCAUAACAUGAAGCAAACUCCUAUCACCUAUCUUAUGUCAAGUUCCUUCUAAGCAAUGCUGAAAGGCAGGUUGGGAAUUCCAUCUUUUCCUACCUUGAUUUGUCACACAUUCUUUUUCUUUGGUUUUGGUUGUACACAAAAUACUCAUGAUAUGAGGUUAAGAUAAGUUAUAUGUAAUGUAGUGCAAAAUAUAUCAUGGGAAUAAAUUUUCCUUCCUCAAUAUUAGUAUUAUGCUGUUUUUCCUUGCUGGUUUAAUUUGUAUAUUGGUAAACGAAGUUCAUAUGUGGAUGAAAGCAAUAGCAGAGAUAGAAUUGACUAGAGUUCUGAACAA